GGAGAUUUGGAGACACUUGUUUUCAUUUCGCUAAAAAAAAAAUAAAACAAAAGAAAAAAAAAACACCACACGAGCAAAAUCUCCUUGGCCCGCCGCCGCCGCCUCCGCCGUCGCGCGGCGAUCUCCACCACCGCGACGCGAGCGGCGGUGCCCGGCGGCGUCCAGCUGCUCCCGCCGCCGCGUACCCUCGCCUCUGGCUCCUCCUCGCCGCGCCCAAGCCAAUCUCUCCCCACCCGCCACCUCGGCCUCUCGACUCGCGAGCGAGUUCGCCGAUCUCCAUCCAUCACCCCUCGAGCCAGCGGCGCCGGCCGACGGCGUGCUUCCGGUCCUCCCCUGCCAAAGUGUUGGUGUUGAUUUGAAGCCUCAAGGAUUCGAGCGAAAUGACUUCUUCCAUGAGCAAAUCCGACAAGAAGAAGGUGCUAGAUUUUGCGGCAUGGAGUUUCAACAUCACCACAUCCGUUGGAAUCAUCAUGGUCAACAAGGCUCUGAUGGCUACACAUGGAUUCAGUUUCGCCACAACAUUAACUGGUCUUCAUUUUGUGACAACCACCUUGAUGACUAUCGUGUUUCGGUGGUUAGGCCUCAGCCAGCCCUCCCACUUACCAAUACCAGAUCUGAUUAAGUUUGUGAUCUUUUCGAACUUGUCAAUUGUUGGAAUGAAUGUGAGCUUGAUGUGGAACUCUGUGGGAUUUUAUCAGAUAGCAAAGCUGUGCAUGAUACCUGCAUCAUGUCUCCUGGAGGUUGUCUUCGAUCGUGUACAUUACUCCCGGGACACAAAGCUGAGCAUAAUGGUUGUGCUUAUAGGUGUUGCAGUCUGCACAGUUACUGAUGUCAGUGUAAAUGCAAAAGGUCUGGCUGCUGCUGUUAUAGCUGUUUGGAGCACAGCUUUACAACAAUAUUAUGUUCAUUUUCUCCAAAGGAAGUACUCUCUGAACUCAUUCAACCUCCUGGGCCACACUGCUCCAGCCCAAGCGGGAUCUCUUCUGCUAGUUGGGCCCUUUGUAGAUUUCUUGUUGACAGGCAAAAGAGUGGAUCACUUUGGUUUCACAUCGAUUGCUUUGUUUUUCCUGACUCUCUCAUGUGUCAUUGCCAUUGGUGUUAAUCUGAGCCAAUUUAUCUGCAUUGGUCGGUUUUCUGCCGUAUCCUUCCAAGUCCUGGGCCACAUGAAGACAGUGCUCGUCUUGUCCCUUGGGUUUCUCUUCUUUGGCAAGGAAGGUCUGAAUUUUCAGGUAGUCCUUGGGAUGAUCCUUGCUGUUGUUGGGAUGAUAUGGUAUGGGAAUGCAUCAGCUAAACCAGGUGGCAAAGAGCGGCGCAGCGUUCUUCCAGUAAGGUCUGAGAAGCCUAAUGGAGCAUUAGACGAGAAGGAUGGCAGUGAGAAAUAGUACGUGACCUGCGAUUUAUAUGACAAUUUCUUCUGUGAAGUUUUUCUGGUGAUGCAGGUAUGAUAUACAAAGGAAACCUUGCCUGGCGUCUUCGUUUAGUGCUGAAGCCGUAGAUUUGCCAUCUAGAAACUCAGCAUUGUCAUAGCUAUAGAUUACAGUCAAUAUACACUUGUCAUCACAUUUUUCGUUCUCCUGUACAUUUCUUAUGGGGGAGACAGCAGAGAUGUUCUACAGGGUUGCAUGACAGUUGUCCCAAAAUACAAUAUAGUAACUGUUUGUGAUAACACGAAUUUCUACAUUUCCCUCUGGAUCUGUACAGAGUAAUAUGUUACUAUAUGAAGCAGUUAAGUUGCAUUGCAGCAUUUUAGGCUUAAA